GGCUGAUUAAUCCUCAGGACCGGCCCUGCUCCUCCCUUUAGGACUUUCCCGGUAAACCAAGAGACCGUGGAAAUUCUGGAUGAGGAUGAUCCCCAAGACGCCCGGUCAAAAGGGAAGAGCCCUUCCAAGGGCAAGGAGAAGACCGGUCGCCGGGUGAAAAAGGCGACCACCAACCAUCCCUCUGCCAUUAACAAGAGGCAGAAGACAGACUCUGGUGUAGCCCACCAGACCGUGGAGGAGGCCUACAUCAACCUCGGUCUGCGGCUGAGGGAGGUUGGGGAGAUUGGGCCUAUCACUGCUGACCGGUUGGGGAUAGACUCUCCGACCGAAGUAGCCCGGUUGAAGAAGAAGAACGAGGAGCUGGCCCUCAUCCUGAAGAGCUAGACGGAUGAGUUGGCUAAGCUAUCAAGGAUGGUCGGGUCCUUGGGGGUGGAGAACACCCGGUUGAAGGAGGAGAACGACCAGCUGCUGGAUGAGGUUUCUGAAGCCAAGCGGGAAAUGGCGAAGAAGGAAAAAGACUUCCCCGGGCUUGCAGCUGCCUGGGUUGAAGAGAACAAAGCUGAAGCCGCCCGGGUGAUGACCGCAACUCCGGAGGCCACCAUGGAAUCCUUCAGGUUUCUGUACCAGGAGCCUGAAGAAAAGAAGUUGAUCACCGCGAUUGGAUCGUUCAGAUUCAAGAGCGGUCAAAAGAAGGACCGGAUUGCUUCUCACCGGGUCUUGCUGAAAAGAGACCCGGACUUCAGCGCUGCCUCAUAUGGCCUGGCCCCCAUCCCUGAGGAAGAGCCUACUCCCCCCUUCCCCUUAGAUUAGAUCUUCACGGCUGCGCCCGGUGUAAUUUAAAACUUGAAUAUCUUCAAUUUCCCCGGGAAUGCCCGGUGUAUUUGUAUAACAAUCAACAUUUAUUUUGGUU